AUGAUAUCUGCCAAAGAUCAUCUCAUUGAUCUAGUUCGUCAUUGUCGAUCUUCAAAAUGUAAGUUCGGAAAAGUUCGUAAUUUGAUUCGCCAUUACAACCAUCUCGUUUUUGAUUUUGAUACACAUCACUUGACUGUUGAACGCCUGCCUGAUGAAGACCUAUUUUGUGCAGAUUCUGAUUCCCUUUUACACGACUGUGUUAAAUUAUUACAACGUUCAGUUCCAUCAGAAAAUCCCAUUUUGUAUUGUCGUGUGAAUAUCGAACAAUUAGCCAAAGAAACGAAAGGAAUGAACCAUGCAGCGUGUCAAAGUUCAUAUCCCGCCGUGAACAUUGAUCAGUUUUCAUUUCUUGAUUACACACGUCUGUCGCAUGUACACUUAGCUAUCGCUGAAGAUAGCGGUACGGAUCGUGUCUUUGUCUUGGCCACGUAUGAUGGAAUUGUUGCUCUCUAG